AAGAGAAGGUGGUUUGUGCUUCGGAGCGGCCGUUUAACAGGAGACCCAGAUGUACUGGAAUACUACAAAAAUGACCAUGCCAAGAAGCCUAUCCGUAUUAUUGACUUAAAUCUCUGUCAACAAGUGGAUGCUGGAUUAACCUUUAACAAGAAAGAGUUUGAAAACAGCUAUAUUUUUGAUAUCAACACUAUAGACAGAGUUUUCUACUUGGUAGCAGACAGCGAGGAGGAGAUGAAUAAGUGGGUUCGGUGUAUCUGUGAUAUCUGUGGGUUCAACCCUACUGAUGAGGACGCUGUGAAGCCACCAGUCAGUUCUUUACAACCAUCUGCUGAGCUCCCCUUGCCCAUCAACACUUCACCUCCUUCCUCUCAAGCAGAAUCCUCCCUCCCAUCUCCUUAUCGCCUCAUUAACAUCCCCCCACUGGAGUCUUCCUCUGGUCAAGAAGAUCCUCAAGACUACUUACUGCUAAUAAACUGUCAAAGUAAAAAACCUGAACCUAUGAGCCAAGGGUCAGCCUUUCUCUCGGAAGAAGGGCAGGAAUACCUGCUACUGGAAGACUUUGAAAGCAAAACGCUUCCACUGCACCUGCCCCGCAGCUACUCCCAGGACGUGCUGCCCAAGGCAGUGUCGCCGUCCGGCACCGAGGCAGAGGGAGAGCAGCACGUGUUCACCCCCCCGGCGGCAGCAUCCUCCUUAGAUUCGCAGAUGAGACACAUCUCCAUUAGCUAUGACAUUCCCCCCACACCCGGAGGUACUUACCAGAUUCCGCGGACUUUUCCUGAGGGAACGUUGUCUCAGACGUCCAAACUGGAGACUGUUCCAGGUGUUCCUCCUCCUCGGCCGCCGAAGCCUCAGCACACUGCAGAUCGCUCUCCUGUGGAAACGUGUGGCGUCGGCCGCACGGCGUCGGACACCGACAGCAGCUACUGCGUCCCCACGGCAGGAAUCCCUCCCUCCCGCAGCAACACCAUCUCCACCGGCGACAGCAGCGUCUUCCGCAAAGAAAUUAGUUCUCAAGACUGUUAUGAUAUCCCGCGAACGUUUCCAAACGACAGAUCCAAUUCCCUGGAGGGUUUCCAUAACCACUUUAAAAACAGAAGCAUGUUGACAGUGGGAAGUGUUUCAAGUGAAGAACUAGAUGAAAAUUAUGUCCCAAUGAAUCCCAACUCUCCUCCACGACAGCAUUCCAGCAGCUUCACUGAACCCAUCCAGGAAACAAACUAUGUACCAAUGACACCAGGCACGUUUGAUUUUCCAUUAUUUGGAAAGCAAGUCCCUCCUCCUGCUCACAUGGGUUUCAGGUCCAGCCCAAAGACGCCCCCGAGACGGUCGGUGCCUGCUGCGGAGUGUGAGCCGCCGCCAGUGGAUCGCAACCUCAAGCCAGACAGAAAAGGUCAAAGUCCUAAAAUUUUAAGACCUAAACCACAUGGUUUAGAGCGAACUGAUUCACAAACCGUAGGUGACUUUACUACAAGAAGAAAGGCAAAACCAGCUCCACUAGAAAUAAAACCUCUGCCUGAAUGGGAAGAACUACAAGCCCCAGUCAGAUCUCCCAUCACCAGAAGCUUUGCACGAGACUCCUCCAGGUGUACCAUGUCUCCCAGACCGGAUUCAGUUCAUAGCACAACUUCCAGCAGUGACUCGCAUGACAGUGAAGAGAAUUAUGUACCCAUGAAUCCAAAUCAGUCCUCUGAAGACUCAAAUUUGUUUGGAAGCAGCAGUGUGGAUGGAGGGAGCAGCCCUGUGGUGAAACCUAAAGGAGACAAACAAGUGGAGUAUCUAGACCUGGACCUGGACUCUGGGAAAUCUACCCCACCUCGUAAGAAGAAGAGCAGUGGCUCGGGCAGCAGCGUGGCAGACGAGAGAGUGGAUUAUGUGGUGGUGGACCAGCAGAAGACACUAGCACUGAAGAGCACCCGUGAGGCCUGGACUGACGGGAGGCAGUCGACAGAGUCCGAGACACCCACCAAGAGUGUGAAGUGACAGCACUGCCUUUACCUCCGAGAACAGAAAGCAGUGGGUUUUGCAGCGUCACAGAGCCACAGUGUUGUUCAGCUGU